UAAUUUAUAACAUAUUUAUAAUUUAAAUAUUUUAAUAAGUUCUUUAGAACGGAAGUUAUGAAUAAAAGAUAUUUUUGCAUAAACUGUGGAAAUGAAGUCAAAAGUUUAUAUAGAGAAUACAGUACAACAGUGUUGAAAUUAACAGAAUGUGACAAUUGUAAAAAUAUUGCUGAUAAAUACGUAGAAUAUGACACCGUCAUAGUAGUUAUCGACUUACUUCUACUUAGAAUAAUGGCUUAUAGGCAUAUUUUACUCAAUUCUGAAUUUAAGAAUUAUUGGAAAUUACCUAUAGGACUGAUAGUAUUGGAAACAUAUAUGACUUGGAUAUUAACUAAAGAAUUUCCACUAGAAAGACAUAAAGAAAUAUCUAACAUCACUUCUUUUGAUGAGGCUGAUAUUUACCUGGAUGAUAUAAAGUUCUAUGAAAUGAGCCUUAAUACAACUUUAGGCUUUCUAAGUUAUUUAGGAGUAAAUUAUAGCCUGUCCAUAAUUUAUUCAUAUUUACGAAAAAGGGGCAUCAUUAACUUUACCACAAUAUGCAAAUCUGUGUGUCUCUCCAGUAGUGCUACCUUUUUAAUAUUACCGUCUUUAAUAUGGGAUACUUAUAUAAAUGAAUUUCAUAUUUUAUUUGUAUCGUUAUACACUACACUUUCACAGCUCUUGGCUCAUAGAGCUGUAAGUAAUUCUGAGAAAAUAUGGAGCCUUAUCGUUAUAUUUUCAUCACAUAUUGUUAAAAUGUACAUUAUGAAUACAACACACACUAAAUUAAUUUCAUAAGUUUUGAUAAAUAUUUUUGUUUGUCAAGUUGACAUUAUACGCUUUUAU